AUGUCAAAACAAUUUACCCCCGCCGAGGUAGCCUCGCACAAGGAUGCCGAGAAUGGCAUGUACAUCAUCAUCGAUGAUGGGGUUUUUGAUGUUGCCGGAUUCAUCGACGAACAUCCCGGCGGAGCGAAAAUCCUCAAGCGCGUCGUGGGCAAGGAUGCCAGCAAACAGUUCUGGAAAUACCACAAUGAGGGCGUUUUGAAGAAGUAUGCUGCUAAGCUGAAGGUUGGGACGGUGAAGGAAAGUGCGAAGUUGUAA